AUGGCUGGGAAAGAUAAGACCAAGAAUCUUGUUGUCCCGGAACUUGCCGAUGACUCUGCUGAACGCAAGCGAGUGCUGAAUGUCCUAGCUCAAAGACGAUACCGACAAAGAAGGAAAGAGCGUCUGCGAUCGUUAGAGUCUCGGGCAAACAGUAAUGGCCUCCAGGACGAAGACUCUACCGCAAACGGUUAUAAUGUGACAGUGCCUCGUCGGCACGAAGCCUCAGCCUUCGGACUUAGUGAAUCAAACAGUGGCACAGCUCGUAAUACAAUAACGGCCGACUCUGCUUCAUCUCUAAAAUUUACCAAUAACGAAUUGGAUGAUGUGCAGCUCGUCAUACCCUCCAAUCAAUUUGAUAUGUUUCUUACCUCACCUUCGCAACUACAGCCUUGCCUGAUGAACGAUCCUUUUUCCUUGUCUGGAUUUGAUCAAACAGACUCAAAUUUAGACAUAUUCGAUCUCGGCCAUGAGCGUGCACCAAUAGAUGGUCCCCCGGACUAUUCCAGCGACGAUAUAUUCUCCUCUAACGUAGAUGUUUCCACCGAGCUUCAAAGCUCGGAAACCGCAACAUUUACUUUCCCCGACGAUCAUCUUUUAGAGGUUCCAUCCCUUGUUCUUCUCAAUGCGGCUUUACAAGUAGCUCAACGAUUAAACAUUGCCGACCUAAUAUGGGAUCUAAGUGCAAUUAGCCCUUUCUAUCGAGGAGACACAUCUAAGAAUUGUUCGUCCUCGUCCUCAUCAACAGGAGCAUCUCCUUCCUCUCUACAUACUCCGUCUUUGACGUUGGCUAGUGAUUCGUCAUCAACCUCAGUGCUACCAUACCAUCUGCGUCCAACAACCACCCAAAGAUCUCUCCCACAUCAUCCUAUCCUGGACCUUCUCCCCUGGCCAAGCACAAGAGACAAAUUAAUUCGAGUUUUCAACCUUCCACCAAACCUACGACCUAAGACCGCACAAAGUCCCAUGGGGCUUAUUCAGUUGGUGCAGGAUAUGGAAGAUGAUGGCAACGAGGGUGUCAGAGUCCAUGGCGGAGAUCCAUACGAGGCUUGCGGAUGGGAGAUUGGUCAGUUAAUCUUCGAAAAUUGGUGGUGGGCAUUUGACACAGAAAUUGUAUUGGAAAGUAAUCAAGCUAGAAAGAAGAGAGGUGAAAAGGCUUUGACGUUGCAGGCCUAUCAGCUUUGA